AUGAACGAGGAGCGUCUCGGAUUCCUGCUGGCUCUAAAUAAUGAAUUCAUAUCAGUGAAUGGGAGAGCUGAGCAGCUGAGCCCCGUCCUUUCUGAAGCAAUCUGCCGCGGGAGCCAAUCAGAUCCCGUUUCAUCUUGUCCGACACUUCCUACAGGCCCCGCCUCCUCCCCUCGGCGCACGCCGGCGGCAGGUCUUGAGAGCGCCGGCGUCUCUGACAUUGGCAGCGGCUUGAGAGAGAUCUCCCCCCUACCACCCUCCCUUCGAAACGUCACAAGGGGGCUGUGCAGAGGCAUUCGCCGGACGCUCGCCUCUCAGGGGGGCAGCAGCAUGGGCUGCUCCUCGGGCCGCCAGCCCCCGGCCUCGGCCCUCCACCCGGACCUGGACUUCGGCAACGGCAGCGAGGCCAACACCUCGCCCCCGGACCCGGACAACCAGAACCCGAGCCUGAACGAGUGCGGAGACUCCGGGGAAGGGGAGGAAAGCCUGGAGAGGGUGGAGAGGGGACAGGCCAAGCCCCCGGAGUCCCUCCCCACCUUGGAGAGGCUGGCGCAGGCCACGGGGGGCACGGAGAAGUCCUGGUACCGCUGCGUGUUCCCGUUCGGCGUGAUCUCGCUGGUCAUCGGGAUGGCCGGCACCGGGGUGACGUUCACCUUCAACACGCUGCUCCAGACCAAGGUGGUGUCGGUGGCGCUGCUGUGCGCCGGCGUGACCAUGCUGCUGGUGGCCGCUCUGUGCUGGAGGGCCCACAGACUGAGGAAGAGGAAAAAGAAGGAGAACGGAUUCUUCACCGCCGACCCCGGCACUUUGUGA